AGCCUAGCUUGUUGGCAUUUCAUCGACCCUUAUAAUUAAGAGGGUUAUGUGCGAUAGCCAUAUUAUAUGGUUAAUUUUGUGAUGGCUUUGGUUUGUUGGAGUGCCUUCUUCUUUUUGGUGUUGUUAAAUCCCAUUGAGGGACGAAUAGGAUGCUUCAACUCCAUUAUUAGUUUCGGUGAUUCUCUUACUGACACUGGAAAUGAACUUCACCUCACUCGAAACAGAAAUCCUCCUCCCUAUUUCGCUACCCCACCUUAUGGUGAAACCUUCUUUCAUCGUCCCACCGGUCGCUUUUCCAAUGGCCGUCUUAUUAUCGAUUUCAUUGCUGAGAGUUUGGGGUUGCCAUUAGUUCCACCAUAUUUGGGAGGAAAAGGUAAAAAAUUCAGGCAAGGUGUGAACUUUGCAGUAGGAGGAGCAACGGCACUUGAUUCUGCCUACUUGACGAACAAGGGAGUAAGAACCACGACCAAUGCGUCUUUGGUGAUUCAAUUGGGUUGGUUCAAAGAAAUGCUCUCUUCCCAUUGCAAAUUUCCCUCAGAAUGCAAGGAAUUUCUACGAAAGUCAUUGAUACUGGUGGGAGAAAUCGGAGGCAAUGAUUUCAUCUAUGGUUUCUUUGGAAAUAACACUAAGGAAGAGGUUGAAUCAUAUGUUCCAGCAGUCAUCAACACUAUCAGCUCAGCUAUACAGGAACUAAUGGAGUUAGGAGCAAGCACACUGGUAGUUCCAGGGGGUAUGCCAAUUGGAUGCUCAACAGCUCUUCUAACAAAAUUUAUGCUCUCAGAUAAGGAAGAUUAUGAUCCAAUUACUGGUUGUAUUAAUUGGCUAAACCAAUUUUCCCAGAAUUACAAUGAUUUUCUUCAGAAGGAACUUCAUCUUCUUAGAGAGCUUCAUCCUUCUGUUACAAUCAUCUAUGCUGACUACUACAAUGCUGCCAUGCAAUUUUAUGUGUCCCCAAACACCUAUGGGUUUACAAAAGGAGCUUUAAUUGCAUGCUGUGGAGCAGGAGGGCCAUAUAAUUAUAAAUUUUUUGAAUUAUGUGGGGAUCUAACAGCAAGAAAUAUUUGCGGUGACCCUUCACUAUAUGCUAGUUGGGAUGGAAUGCAUUUUACAGAAGCUGCCUAUAAAUUGAUAUCCACAGGUCUUUUAGAGGGCAAUUUCACUUUUCCUCCUCUCCCUAAAAUAUGUACAACUAGUUUGAGUCCAAAUUUAAACCAUUUUGACUCUUAAAUCAUGACUAGGAAUUUCCCACCUAUAUUUGCUUUAUUUCAUUAUCACAAAGACUUUAAUGGAAUAGUUUCUCCUAGUAAUGAGAAAGUCUUCAUUAUUGUUGUGAAGAAUUUUAGCGGUGAAGCCAAAACCUUAGGGCGACAAGUGUAGCCCAAAAUCUUUACUUUUUUGAUACAUGUAUAUUCAUGACUACUAUUGUGAAAGAAUUUUAGCAGUCAAGCCAAAAUUUGAAGGCUA